UUGAAACAGGAACAGGGAAAUAUUGUCUUUACUUAACAUUCCUAUAUAAACAUUGACUGGUUUAAUGAGGACAUUCUCGUCGUUACAGCAUUACACAAAUCCGAAUGCAAACAUAUUAAAAAUAGGUGAUUACAUGGAAUCGACAUCGAAAGUACUAAUAAUGAAGUCAUCAGACACCAUAAGAACACUAAGACGGUCCAAGUCCGACGGGUGUUUGCUUUACUUAAACCGUUUCACAUACGACCAGACAACGGCGUGCGUGAAUAAGAUAACGAAGAACAACAACGCUAAAUCUAUGGACAACCUGACUUGUUUAGAUAUUGUCUUUCCACGUGUUAUCUGUGAUAUGGCAUAUGUGUCACAUGGACGCAUUACUAACACGAGUACAGAUAAUUGCUUAUUCCCGGCAAAACAAAAGGAUACAACCAAAAUGAUCACAGAAUGUGAUCUGCAAUUUCUGGUUAGUGUCAUUUUGUCUAGAGCGGUAGAGAGAGUAAGAAUGCUGGAAACGCAGGCCUGUGCUGGUUGUAUGUGCUUCAUAAAACAUAUUACAUCCCUCGUUUACAAUGAAAACUUAUGUUUUAUAACAGAUAACUGUCAAGUGUGGGCAAAAAAUAGUCUUCGAUAUUUACUUUGUAUUGUAUUCGCCACAUCCGUUCUGUACAACAGUAGUCUAUGUUACAUCUUCCUGCAUUUGUGUGUCUUAAGUGGUAUUUUCAAAAGUGUUAAACUGAAGAUUUUUAUGUCAGAUAAUUUAAAACUGUGUUUGCAUGAAAAUAAGGAAACUAAGAAUGUUAACCAAGAAAAAGGAUGUGAAAAACGCUCUAUAGAAGAAGUGUCCUGGUUGUGGCAAGUUCCAACUCGUAAAGUUUUUCUGGAUGUUUUUCCGUCCAGCCUAAACAUGUACUUUCAAGACGCCCCAAACGGAGAUACAACAACACCUAUGAAUAUUGAGUGGCUACGUUUGCAGUCCUUCGCAAAUGUGCGUGUUAUUAACGCUCGACCAAUCCGUUUGGCAAGAGCUGGAUUUUAUCAUACGGGUACCUCAGACGAGGUUAGGUGCUACUCGUGUGGCAGACGGCGAUCCAACUGGUCAGUUGGAGAUGACCCGGCCGAAAUUCACAGACGUAUUUCACCCAAUUGUAGACAUAUAAGUGGUACAGACUAUACAAACGUUGCAAUUCCUCGCGAUACCGGAACAAUACAGUCAUCUUCAGGGGAUCAAAGGGCCUGUCAAGAAACAGUUGAAGCAACACGUCCGGUACGUGAUAGUCAUUUUCAUACUCCAGGUGAAAGGCAUGAUCUCCCAGCUUGUUCAUUUGCUGAUAACAACUCAGGUCCUUCAAAUAUGGACGACAUGUUUCUGCAGAGUGAGGAAAUUAAUCAUCAGUCCAACAUGCCAGUUCGUAAUAUAGAUACAAAUCAAGAGCACCCCUCGAUCGAACACAAUAUGAUCGAGGUGAAGGCUGUUCCAAAAGAUACCUCUCACUCAUUUCAGCCAAAUAUUCACGAGGCAUGUUGCUCCAAUAGACCUCGUCUUGUGGCAAAUGUCUUCACUGCUAACUCUUCAGCGACUCAUGGAAAUCCGAGAAAAAAGAUGCCGCAUGAUCAAUGCUAUCAGAGUGCAAAUAACAAUACUCAAACUAGAAAUCAAAAUGGCCAUUCAUAUGAACAAAGACGUCCUGACAACGACAACCGUGUAGAUGAAAAUGCCAAUAACAAUUCGCAACUAAACGCAUGUAUUCCUCCUCCGAUAAAUCAUUCAAAUCGAAGAACAUCAACUCAAACCAACAGGGUCACUUCCGGUUCUGUCAGUGCCUCAGUAGUGCAGAAAUUAGCCCCGCUUGGUGUUAACUUCGAUAAGCCGAAGUACCCCGCAUAUGCUGUGUUGACAGUGAGAAUGAGCUCCUACAGUGGUUGGUCUGGCUCACAGACACCAAAUCUGAUGGCCGAGGCUGGGUUCGUGUACGCCGGUUGCGCAGAUUACACUAGGUGCUUUUUCUGUGGAGGAGGACUGAAAAACUGGGAGGAAGGGGAUGACCCAUGGAUUGAGCAUGCGCGAUGGUUUCCCAAAUGCGCAUAUUUGCGACAAAACAAGGGAAUUGAUUUUAUACAACUGGUACACGAAAGACUUAAUGCUCAAGAGCAGAAUAAAGAUAACGUCAGUACCAGUGACAGACCAGGGGGGAACUUCUGCGAAAGUCCAGCGACAGAGUUCCUGGCUGAGAAGGACGUGGAGAACUUACCAGCGUUCAAGAGCGUCUUACAGCAAGGUUUUUCCACAGAACUUGCCAGACAAGUCGUCGGCAAAUUGAGGGGUAAAGCUGGUAUCAAACAUAUCAACAGUAAAGACAUACAAGAUGUACUAGAGGAAAUACUCAGGGUCAAUGGGGAAGGUAACACAGAUGACAAUAGGCUGGGAUGCACGCAUAGCGGAGAUACAUCUAACACAAGUAGUACAGAAUCAGAAGAACGUGAGAUACAAGGACUUGUAGAGGAGAACCGCCGGCUGAGGAGGCAGAAAAUGUGUAGGAUAUGUGAGGAAGAGGACGCUUCUAUUACAUUUCUCCCUUGCGCCCAUCUUGUGUGUUGUCAUGUUUGCGCCCAAGCUGUGAGGCGCUGCCCUGUGUGUGGGGUUAUUAUACAGGGCACUAUCAAAACUUGGCUGACGAAGUCAUACUCAGUGAAAUAACGAUAGCCAAUAGCUGCCGUACAAAAACAAUUACUUUGAACUGUAUUAGUACACAAUAAAUGUGUACUUGUUUUUAGUCUCCCGAUGAAUUCAUUUUUUUUCAUUCCAGACACGGGACUUAUAAUAGCUGUAAAUGUUUAUAAGUUAUAAAAACUGUCAUAGCAAUCUGCCAAAAUGAGUAUUUAAUUUUCUUUAAGGAAAUAUUUCAAAAUCAAUUUUACAGGAGGUGUUUAUUCAUAUGAAGUUCGAUCACCCUCUACCGCGAUUUGGUUGAGGAAUGAAAAUAGAGAACUAAAGUUGCAUUUCUGUCUUGAUUAUUUGUCAUUUAUUUCAA